GAGAGAGAGCCCUAACUCUUGACACCGAGCAACAUAACAGAGGAAUCGGCCGGAUUUACGAGGACUCGACCGGAUUUCUGCAUCUAGCAGGGGAGGAAUGAUGGCGGACACGUGAAGAAGUUGAUGCAUUAUUUGCAACUUAAAUUUCCGCAAUGGCUAGAACUUCGAAUCAGAGAACGUUGCCUGUGUACCUUUACAUCCCCAAUAUCCUUGGAUACAUAAGAAUUAUCUUGAACUGCAUUGCUUUCGCCCAAUGCUUUUCCAACAGAAUACUGUUCUCUAUUCUCUAUUUCAUCAGCUUUGUAUGCGAUGGUUUAGAUGGUUGGUUUGCCCGCAAGUUCAAUCAAGUUUCUACUUUUGGAGCCGUUUUGGACAUGGUAACCGACAGGGUUAGCACUGCUUGUCUGUUGGCAAUCCUCUCCCAGUGUUACAGGCCUGGAUUGUUUUUCUUGCUCUUGCUUGCUUUAGAUAUUGCCAGCCAUUGGCUGCAAAUGUACAGUACUUUCCUAUCAGGUAAAGCUAGUCAUAAAGAUGUUAAAGACAGCACUAAUUGGCUUUUCAAAGCAUACUAUGGUAACCGGUUGUUUAUGGCUUAUUGCUGUGUGGCAUCCGAGGUCAUUUACCUCAUCCUUUUCCUUCUUGCUGAAAACCAAUCUGAAAGUGUGAUUGAUGUUCUAGCAAAUAAUGUGACCAAAAUUUCACCUCUUUCUUUUCUCGUCGUUUUGGCUUUGUUUGGAUGGGCAAUCAAGCAAGCAAUUAAUGUUAUACAGAUGAAGACUGCUGCCGACAUGUGUGUUCUUUACGACCUAAACAGAAAGCAAAGACCCUGAUUCUUCUUAAUUGUUGACACAGUUUCUAGGCUUUGAGUGAUGGUCUGUGCACUACUGUCCAUCCUGAAUUUAUUUCAAUUGUAUACUAGAUUUUUGCGCUGGAACAAGAAAAGUUCUGUAUUUUAAUUUGCAUAAACCCAGAAACCUUUAGAAAACAGUUUUGGUGCUACACAUUGUGGGAAUUGCAUAGGCCUUG